CUCGCGCCGGAAUCACCCCUUGUCCGCCAUCCGCCAGUUUGCUCGGGACAGGAUGGAUGGGAUGAAGUUACCGCUUGCGGUUUUUUUUUGGAUUUAAAACGAAUUGCCUUAUGGCGAUGAGGGAGGAGGGGGGGGGGGGGUUCGUCUUGGUGCGUGGUACAUGAUGGUUAAAAAAAAAUCACGAGCCUGUGAGCAGAGUGAAAUGUGAAAGAGAAACCCCUCCUCUGAACGACCUUUCUCCUUGUUUCCCUCCCAUCCCCGCUCGAUGAAGCGAUGAAAAUAGCGAAAUGGCUGGGCGAUGAAUCAAUCGCCAAGACCACCGUAUUACUGGAUGGUAUUAUGAAGAGAAAACGGGAAGCUGUCUGUAUUUGAACUCCUCCUGGACCACUGAAAUAUUGCUCUCCCUAUAAUUUCCUGUAAGAACAGAACUGCCAAUGACUGGAAACAUGAGGAAAACUAAGCUUAUCUUCAAAGGAGCUCUAAAGUUUAAUCGAAGGUGAGGUUGUUAAAGCCAGAACAAAAACAGAAUUACCUGGAAAAACUCAGCAGGUCUGGCAGCAUCGGCGGAGAAGAAAAGAGUUGACGUUUCGAGUCCUCAUGACCCUUCGUUAAAGCCAGAUUGUCUGUAGAAUCUAAGAGUUGAAAGACUAAAGGUUCACUACCUUGAUUGCGUUGUGCUUGUUCAGCCUUAGAACACUCAACACAUUUCUGCACCAGGAUUCUCCAAAAGAGGACAUAUGGAACUUAUACAUGGUGAAUCCUGAGAAAAUAGAGAAUGCACAGAUAUAUGCUUCGAAAGUGUUAGGGCAAAAAUGCCGGAAGUCCUUUGUUCAGCAAAAUAUGGCUACUUUGUUUCCUCACAAAUAUGACAGCAACUUACGUCCUUUCCUGGAGAGAAAUUCCGUUUUACGUGACUCUGUAUUCAAGUAUAACACGCCAUUUGGUUUUAAAGCACACCAGAAUAGUUUUAACCAACUCAUUGAUCUUAUGCCUCGGGUAUCAUUGCCAGAAGAAAUAGAAAGAAAGCCCUGUAAGCGCUGUAUUGUCCUGGGAAGUGGUGGAAUACUACGAGGGCUAGGUCUUGGACCCUAUUUGAAUAAAUUUGAUGUUAUCAUCAGGCUGAACAAUGCACCAGUCCAAGGAUUCACUCAAGAUGUUGGUAACAAAACCACCAUAAGAAUGAGCUAUCCAGAGGGAGCACCAAAAUCUGAGCUUGACUAUGAUCCUUAUAUGCUGUUUGUUGCUGUAAUGUAUAAGGGAGUAGAUUUCAGCUGGCUGAAGGCCAUGAUUAAAAAGGAAAGAGUGUCAUUUUGGGAAAAUAUUUGGUUCUGGCAGAAAGUUGCAGAGGAAGUACCAAUUGAGCCAUCACAAUUUCGAAUUCUGAACCCUGAGAUUAUAAGAGAAACGGCUGUUGAUUUGCUGAAGUUACCCGAACCUCGAUCAAAACUCUGGGGCUGGGACCAGAAUAUUCCUACAUUGGGAGUCAGCGCUGUUGUUCUAGCUACGCAUUUAUGUGACGAAGUCAGCUUGGCAGGAUUUGGAUACAACCUUAGCCAACCACAAACCCCAUUGCACUAUUAUGAAAAUGUCCAGAUGGAUGCGAUGAAAGCCCAAACUAUGCACAAUGUGGAAACUGAAAGGAAUUUCCUGGAAGAUUUAGUUAAAGCAGGUGUUGUAACGGACCUCAGUGGAGGGAUUCACUGCAAAUUUUGCAAUCAGAGGAAAAGUAUGACCUUCUGAAAGUUUACAAUUCUUUAAAAAAAAAAUGCUGUUCCAGAGUAGACAUCAUUUGAGGCCCAUUAGCUAAGGCCUUUUCAGUACUGCCAUUAAGGAAAUAUUGCGAUUCUUGCAUGAUCCUACUGAAGACUUUUUUGCAGGAGUUAUUUUUCUCAAUCGUUCAUCAAACAUAGGAAGUGUAACUUUAAAAGAAAGUAUGUGACUAGCGGAUUUAUUUCGGGUAUUGAGCUAAAUUGGAGUCAGUAAUGUAAUUGCAGCUUUUGAUGAAAUGGGUAAUAUCAGCACGAAGCAUUUAUAUGUUAAAUUGAGAUUGCAAUGCCCACUGCAUAUCAUUCUCUCUCCUGUAUGAAUUUUAGAAACUACUUUAUGUCUCUUGGAUGUCACUAGUGGACAUUAAGCCCAAUUUAAUAGUAAUUAAGAAAGUAUUAAUUUGAAAAUGCCUCAGUUAAAUUGCACUAAUGAAGUUGGCACCUUGCAAAACAUGGUAUUUUGGCAGUAAACUUAAUAAUUGUUCCAGCGAAAGUCAUCUCUAUGCUUUGGAACGUAUAGGAUAACUUGAAUUUUGUGUUUUGCUGCAGAUGUUAUGUAUUUGAUUUUUUGAAACAGUGCAUGUCUAUCUGUUUCUGAAGAUGUAGAACAGAAUUCUUCAGAGUUAGCAAUGCUUGCCUGGCAGCCAUGCUUUUCAGGUGUCAAUUCUAGUGGUCUAGAGGUAUAAAAAUCAAAUUUAAUAAUAGUGAUUUGAUAAUAGUACUGUGCAAGCUGAUGUAUGGCAAUAUCAAAUGUUUAUCCCCCCAAAUGAUGUUGCUUUUGUUAUAUGAAUCUAUGGGGAUGAGGGUGGACCUCAGUAAUCAUGUAAAAGAGCUGGCAGUGAACCUGUAGCUCAUCUUACACCUUGUUUGAUUUUUCUUUUAAAGGACAUCAGGUGUAUAACAGGUUACAGACUCUCUUUCAGCCAUUUUACAUUACUGACGUAGUCAAUUUCAGGCUUAUGUUGCUGAGAAGUUUUCAAAGUUUACCAAAGACAUCUAGUGGAUGUUGGCUGGUACUCUGCAUGUAGAAGAUAAGGUGGCACUAAAUUCUGCUUCUCGCAGAAGUGUCAGUUAAUUGAAUCUUAAUUUUUGAAGUUAGACACAGACAUGUUUUCUAACUUUAUGUUAAUGUAAAGUAUUGUAAGGUCAAAUACUAAUUGUCUGAUUGUUUGUAUUUUUAUAUGAACUGAUAUAUAGCCAAUUUAUUGUGCUUCUUAACUUUUGUCAAAUGUAUGGAUUCUUACUGACUAACAGCAUUUUCUUUUAUAGUUUUAUUCCAGAGAUGAUAGUUGAUGGUAGCUCUUUGGGGGGAAGGUACUAGUGAUUCUAGCUCACAGAGAAAGAUAGGUAAUCUUUUGGAUAACCUGUUUUAUUGGCUUGGGCAUUAUCAAUAUCCUAUUUCUGUUUUUCAGUUAAUCUUUGUGAUUGACUAAUUGCAUUGGGGGCAAUGAAAUUUCGGCCCGUUUGACAGAAUUUACCUACAUUUGAACACUGUUUGACCUAAAAGGUUACGGCUUCACUCACUGAAACAUAUUGUUUCUCUUUUUUGUGAAGUUAGCAAAACAGGCAACAUUCUAUUCACUUUUUUGCUAAUGCAAGCAAAUGAAAGGAGACUUACUGCAAUACAUUGAGAAGAGUGUACUGUCUGACAUCUAAAAAUAUUUAGUAUAGUGAGAUAUUAUUAGAACUGGAAUCAACACACAUGGAAAAGCUACUAAUAGUGAUACACCAAAAUAUUUCGUAAAGCAGCAAUUAAUUGGUUAUAAUUUGGCAGAAACAGGUAAGAUCUAUCCACAAGAUGAAUAAGUGUAUUUAAAGAAAGAAAAUUCAAUGUAGGCAAAACCUGAAAAGAUUGCAUCUUUACGAGUCUUUGAGCAAUAGCUGAGAGAUCUUUGCUAGUUUUGUCCCGGUGUUGCACUGUGCUUUCUAUUCAAAAUAAAUUUUGUGUAUCAAAUAGUA